AUGGAAGUUCUCCCUGACAGCAUCGGCCAGCUUCAAACCUCGAGAAUGUUCUUCUCUACCACAACCGGUCCCUAUGCGAGCUGCCGGAUCCCUUCUUCCAUCUCCCGUCUCUCAAGUCCUUUCUUCCGCCUGCGCUGUGAGCGUCUCUCCUGCCAAUGGGGCCAGACGCAGCCGCCGUUGCUCCUAUCCGCGCGUCAGCACAGGCGGGGAACCAACCUUCCGCCCACCCCUCCACUUCCGCCACUCCCCCUUCCGAAGAUCACGGCGAGCGGGCGGCGGCUUCCGAAGGCGUACGUGCGGAGCGUGACGGCGCUCAUCAGCAGCCUGCGCGAUGCGCUGGGCGCGGAGGAGGGCGACCGGGGGGAGGUCCGGCGCAAGGCGGAGGUGGCUAAGGGCGCAAUCCGCGCGUACCUGGGGGAGUGGCGGGGGAAAGCGCCGGAGAACACUGAGAUCAUCACCUCCUCUCUCGACUCUCUGCUCAGAACGCUCUCCCGCUUCUACAUGCGCAGUGGAGUCAACGCGAAGCUUCCUGCUGACGUAAGAGACGGGAUCCUUGCUGAGCUGGCGCUUGCGGAGGCUGCGUUGUGA